AUGAAUAUAUUUUCAUUAUUUGGUGACUUAAGUCAUUUAGUAUCAAUUUUCAUAUUAAUUUAUUCAAUUGAGACAAAUAAAUCAAUUGAAGGCUUGUCAUUAAAGACUCAAAUAUUAUAUACAACAGUUUUCUUAACUCGUUAUUUGAAUUUAUUCACCCAUUUUUAUUCCUUAUAUAACACUUUACUCAAGAUUAUAUUCAUUGCAUCAUCAGUAUACACAGUCUAUAUAAUGAGUUAUAAAUAUAACAAAAACAUUCAACAAUAUUCUGAUUCAUUUCCACUUAGAUAUUUACUUGGUGGGGCAGGAAUUGCAGCUUUAAUAUUCAAUCAUAAAUUGACUCCUUCUGAAAUAAUUUGGUCGUUUUCACUUUGGUUAGAAUCAGUUGCCAUUUUACCACAAUUAUUUAUGUUACAGAAAUCAGGAGAGGCUGAAAAUAUUACCGUUCAUUAUAUUUUUGCGUUGGGUAUUUAUAGAGCUCUAUAUAUUCCAAAUUGGAUAUAUAGAUAUUUUGUUGAAGGUCAUUUUGAUUAUGUUUCUGUAUUAAGCGGAGUUUUACAAACGGCAAUUUAUUCUGAUUUUUUUUAUAUUUAUUAUCAAAAAGUUUUAAAAGGAAAGAAAUUUGAAUUACCAGUAUAA